GUCAGAGUGAGAGCUAGACUGGCUGCAGACAGAGGGCUGGAGGAGAGGGUGCUGGUCCCAGACAAGGAGCCUGUGUGCGCAGACACACUGCAGGGGGAGUGUGCGUACCCGAGGGACCUGAGCCGGUCAAGAUAUUGAAGGCCUAACACAGCCUGAGGUCGGCACCAAACAAACCCUGCAAGAUCAAGGCAACUCAGGACUGAUGGGAAUACUACUGCUGAAAAAUAACAUUAAAACACCUGUCUAACUCUCUGAAUAUGGUCUUCACUCUUCACCAUCAUGGCAAUAUAUUUUUGGUUGGACGGAUAAACUGCCCUUAAUCCUUUACUGAUAACUGAAGGCUUUGCCCUAGCCCAUCAAUCAUUUUGAACCUGCGGCUCAAAGUAGAGUAACUGAAUGCAUGGAAGCAGAGUAAGCGAUGGACUCUGACUAAAAUGGAAGUGACCUGACAGUUUCCUGCCAUCCGUGAUCUCCAGCAAGGACAGGUUAAGGUUGGACGUUCUCCUUUGCUGGUACAGCAGUAUGCAGGAAGCUGGCUUUCAGGCCACAAAUGCUUUCACAGAGUGCAAAUUUACCUGCACCAGUGGCAAAUGUUUAUAUCUUGGGUCGCUGAUUUGUAACCAGCUAAAUGAUUGUGGCGAUAACAGUGAUGAAGAAAACUGCCCAACAGAACACCCUCCACCAGGGAUAUUUACCUCUGAAUUGGAAUUUGUGCAGAUAAUUAUCAUAAUCGUGGUUAUAACCGUGAUGGUAGUUGUGAUUGUCUGUCUUCUGAAUCAUUAUAAACUGUCAACGUGGUCCUUCAUUAACCGACAAAGCCAAAGCCGAAGACAGGAAGAAGUUCUACAGCCGGAAAGGUGUCUGUGGCCUUCAGAUAGCUUAGUGUCCCGACAAGGCGCAUCAGAGAUCAUGUAUGCACCGAGGUCAAGAGACAGAUUCACAGCUCCUUCCUUUAUGCAGAGAGAUCGUUUCAGCCGCUUCCAACCAACAUAUCCUUACAUUCAGCAUGAGAUUGACCUUCCACCUACUAUUUCCCUCUCUGACGGUGAAGAGCCUCCACCUUACCAGGGUCCAUGCACUCUCCAGUUGCGGGACCCAGAGCAACAGAUGGAACUGAACAGAGAAUCUGUCAGGGCACCUCCGAACAGGACCAUUUUUGAUAGUGAUUUAAUAGAUAUAUCUAUGUACAGUGGGGGCCCGUGUCCACCUAGCAGCAAUUCCGGCAUCAGUGCAACCAACUAUAGCAGCAGUGGCCGCAUGGAAGGGCCACCACCAACCUACAGUGAAGUUAUGGGACAUUACCCAGGGUCAUCUUAUUUCCAACACCAGCAAAAUAACUCCUCUACCCCGUCUCAGACAGGAAGCAGACUUCAGUUUCAACAGAAUGAUCCGGAGAGCACAAUAGUCCCUGUCGGUGGAAAAGAUAGGCAGCCAGGAAACAUUGCCUGAAUCCCCUCCAAUGUGUUCACGACCUGAAGUGAAGGAAGCUGACAUGACGGUGACCGGGUGACUUCCUGAGCUCUGUUGUUCCUCAAGGCGUACACUUAAGUUAAGCCAAAUGCACAUAUUUAUUGUAUGCGUAUCUGAUAUCAGUCAGAGUUUGUAUGCAAUUGGAUCUCAUUAUCCACCCCUUCCUUCUGUUUUACCCAUACUUUUGUUUCAGGAAACGUCAUUUUAUGUUUAUCAUAUUUCACUUUAUUUAAACUUUACGAAAAUGUGGCACAGAACCAGAGCUUUGCAGAGCCUUUGUUAUGUACUUACAAACAAGCGUCUAUGUAGAAAUGCUAGGGGUUUUAGGCGGACGGCCAGUGUUUAGGGGCAGUGCUAAUUCUUUUAUGGAAGUCCAUAACCCUUCUGUGUGUGCCAAUGUGUACAGUGAUGGAAUGAAUACUGAUUUUUAUUUUUAUAGAGGAAAAAGUUGCACUAGUUGAUUCUAUAUGAGGGAAACUUGUCAUAGUGUUUUUAACUGUGAGGAUAAAGCAUUUGAGAUGCCCAGCAACAAAGAACCCACCCCAGAUUUCAUCAUCACUAGAUUGCAAGAUACACAGUCGGCACCUUUCGGGUGUCUUGUUUGCGCGGUGACGUGGGAGCUGUGUUCGAAACCCAUAGAAAAUACAGAAAAGUUGUCCAUUCCUAUGAGACUGUGUGGCUUAAAAAAAAAAAGUGUCACGUAUCCAAAACCAGUUUUAGACUGAUCACAACAGACGUCCUUGUGCCCAUGAGGGUCUCCAAGGCCUGAAAUACAGGACCAAAUGACAUUCACUUUCUUGUCAUCACCUAGACAUUACACAGGUAAAGGUCCACAGGUCAUCAGUGUAGAAUGCAGGAACAUAGUCCAAAAAAUAUGGAUGAGGAGACUGAGCAUGGGGAUCUGCUUGGGUUGGGGGGGGGGGGGUGCUCCUCCCUCUUGAAUAUCGUUUGGUCCUUGAUUUCUCCUAAAAUUGAAAAGCCUCGCACUAUCCCGUAGUAUUGAUGUGCCGAUCUUUUGGCUGUGGCAUUUAUUCUAGGCAUUUUUUUUUUUUACACGGCUCGUUUUACCACCAUUAUGAUGUGUACUCAUGAACGCUGCUGGCGACAUUACUGUGUAUUAUUACCUUUAAAAAAGGGAUCUGCUGACUAAUAAGUGGUCACUCAUUAUAGAAGUGCUGAGAGAAAGCCAUGGACUGUUGUAGCUGUUGUGCUUGCUUUGUUGAGGUGAAGAUGCCACAUUAAGGCUCUGUUCACAUCACGAUUAUGGCGCCUGCUAAACAUAUGUGUGGGGAUGUAUACAUUAAAUGGAUGCCAUGCAGUGCCAUCCUUCACCCAUUGUUUAAAAAAAAAGAAAUUAAAAAUAUGUUUUACAGUGUGUCUACUGGGUACCAUAGUAUGGAAUAAUAGAUCUGACUGGUUA